CUCCCCCUCCCCCUCCCCCUCCUUUACCCCGAGUCCACACGGCAGAGGAGGCCAGGCCAGCCACCCCGGGGGAGUGGCGGCGGGCGCGGGGAUGGCGAUCCUGUACGCGCUGGUGGCGCGCGGCACGGUGGUGCUGGCGGAGCACAGCGCCGCGGCCACCAACGCCGGCGCCGUCGCGCGCCAGGUCCUCGAGCGCCUCCCCGACGGCGGCGCCGACAGCCACGUCUCCUACACGCAGGACCGCUACGUCUUCCACGCCAAGCGCACCGACGGCAUCACCGCGCUCUGCAUGGCCGACGACGCUGCCGGGAGACGGAUACCCUUUGCAUUUCUGGAAGACAUUCAUGGAAGAUUUGUCAAGACAUAUGGCCGUGCUGCGCUGACAGCUCUUGCAUAUGCAAUGAAUGAUGAAUUCUCAAGGGUCCUUAGCCAACAAAUGGACUACUAUUCAAAUGACCCUAACGCAGAUAGAAUAAACCGCAUGAGAGGUGAAAUCAAUCAGGUUCGUAGUGUUAUGAUUGAUAACAUUGACAAGGUCCUAGAAAGAGGUGAUCGUUUGGAGCUGCUCGUUGACAAGACUGCAAAUAUGCAAGGAAAUACAGUUCGAUUCAAAAGACAAGCUCGGCGCUUCAGGAACACUGUUUGGUGGAGAAACGUCAAACUCACGGCUGCGUUGAUACUUCUCCUUCUGGUAAUCAUAUACGUCGUGCUUGUCUUUGUGUGCCAUGGUUUCACCUUACCAACUUGUAUACGGUAGGGUAUGGUGUGCCUGUUUGUGUGAUUAUGUCCCCUAUUCCUGGGGAGCUGCUAUCGCGGCACUGUUGCAAUUGGUUUUGGUGUAGAGGAAAGCUACAGUUUGUGGUGUAAUAGUGAUGGGGUCGAUUGUGAAAAACUCAAUUAAAGAUGCAAACUUCGCAUGAGACUGCGUCUCGCGGGGUUUUUGUUAUGGCGUAGUUCCUGUGCGCCUGGGUCGUGUUUUAUUUGCGCUUGGGGCUAUUCUUGUGUCUGUACAUGAAUUCAGUUACGACUAUAUUAUGGCUAUGCUAUCUAAUGUAAUAUGCUUGAGUUGGACGAUGACAAUUGACAUAAA